AUGUCUUUCGCCGCUCCGCUUGCCUCGACGAUUUUCUCACGCCUCUACCGUCCCUUCUCUACCACCCAGACUCGAUCCUUCUCGACCUCAGAAACUCAAUCGCGCAAUAUGUCCAACACACAAAUCGCCACCGUAGCAGCCGGCUGCUUCUGGGGCGUCGAACACCUCUACCGCAAGAAUUUUGGCAACGGCAAGGGCCUCCUUGACGCUAAAGUGGGAUACUGCGGUGGUGAAACUCCAGCGCCCUCAUACCGCGCCGUGUGCACCGGACAAAGCGGCCACGCCGAAGCUCUCCAGGUCACAUUUGAUCCUUCGAUCGUGACAUAUGCCCAGCUCCUUGAAUUUUUCUACCGCAUGCACGACCCCACAACAGAAAACCGCCAGGGUCCGGAUGUUGGCACACAAUACCGCAGUGCGAUCUUUACACAUGACGAUGAGCAACACAAGAUUGCCGAAGAGAUUACGCGAAAGGUCGGCACGGAGUGGUACAAGACACCGCUAUCUACCAAGAUUGUGCCCGUGGCUCAGUGGUGGGAUGCGGAAGAAUAUCACCAGCUUUAUCUUCAAAACAACCCGGCUGGAUAUGAAUGCCCGGCUCACUUUAUUCGGAACUUCCCUCCCCUGUCUGAAUGA